CGGCGGUCUUCCUGUCUUUAUGAACCGCCGGUUGUCUGAGCAGCAUGGCUGCCCUGACCUCCAGGCCCACGACGACACGACCACGCCGGUGGAUAAGUAGCUGCAGAGGCCCGCCACGGGAACGCCGUCUCCGGCUGUAACUAUGGCCAGGACUGGUUUCUGCGACUCCAAGCCCCUGCUGGACUUACACAAGAAGGUGGAUGAGAGGCGAGCCCCGUUAAGAACCUGGGCUAAUGCCUGUGGGCCUAGAGAUCGCUGGCAGUCCGUUGAAGUAGAAGAGUCCAGGAUGGCCCCUGUCAAAAUGGAGACAGAACACAGAUGGCACAAAACCAGAAUCAUGAGGAAGACUGCUGACCUGACCCUUUCCAGAAGACAGUCAUUGGCACCCUUAACAAGGAGGGAAAGGAGGUUAUCUGCACAAACAAGUGAAGGCAUCCUGAUGGGUUUCCAUGACGACAAUCAGGCACAUUCAGAGGGUUGUGUGGAGGAGCCCGUACUGCUUCACCCUCUCGGUCUGCAGGGCCUUCACAGCCUGCAGGCCCUGGUGCCCAGUCUGCUGCGUCAUGAAGUGGAGUUGGCACUGGAGAAGCUGGGCCUCUUGUGGGAUCGGACUUAUGCCUGGGACCUGUUUUUAGAGAUGAUGAGAACUCAGACACAAGCCUUACUCACUAACACUGACCUGAUCCAGCCUUUCACUGACGCCACUAGAGCUGUUCUGGUAGACUGGCUCAUUCAAGUUCACGAGCUGAUGCAUUUUCAAGAAGAGACUCUCCAUCUCACAAUUCACCUCCUAAACCGCUGUGUGCGUCAGAUCAAGGUGACCACAGCCAACCUGCAGCUCCUGGGCAUGGUUUGCCUCUUUGUUGCUGCCAAAAAGGAGGAGUCCCUCCUCCCUGAGGUGUCAGCACUGUGCUACUUAAUGGACCACACCUACACCAAGCGUCAGCUUCUGCGAAUGGAGCGUAAAGUCCUCUCAGGGCUGAAGUUUGAUUUGGCCUACUCUUCUCCUCUGUGUUUCUUGGUCCUACUCGCCUCAGUUGGUCGCUGCAGUGACAAGGUGGUGUGGAUGGGCCGUUAUCUGCUGGAGCUCUCUCUUCUGGAGGGGCAGUGUGCCGCAUUUCUCCCCGUGCAGCUGGCAGGAGCGACCCUCUGCUUGUCCCGCCAAGUUCUGCAGGAGCCUCCGACACCGGAUGGAGAAACUGCCUGGUGUCUGGCCUCCAGCGUCCAUGCUGGCAGUGAGGCCACCCUGCUGAGGAUCAUGCACAUUUUAGCCAGCACUGCAGCAAAGGCUCACACCAGAGAGACCUGUGCAACUUUUAUUAAAUUCUCAUCCUCAGAGAGACUGCAAGUCAGCAGACACCCAGGAUUAAAGAACGCCCCCAGUCUGCUUGGCAUAUACACUUGAGAGCCCAAGAUUGUGUGUGAUUGAAAGAUGACCAGUGGGUGAUGGAGAAGAGUGAUGCGUUUUUUGACAAAGACUUGUGUGUAUGUGCAUACAUAUUAAAUAACUUGGUGGGAGGGGGGAAUCUUGUUUUAUGAUCUUAUCUUGCAGCUGAUUUUGAAAAAUAUUUUUUGUAUUGAUAUGUCCUUGUCCUGUCAGUGUUUAAAAGGAUUUGGGAUGUAUAUCGAUGUAUUUCUAAAUUUUAAUGUAAAAUAAAGUGUCUGCUGCAACA